AUGGUAUGGAAAGAAGAAAGUAACUAUCCGGAAAGCCCUGAUAUUGUCUUAAAGAAUGAAUAUCAAACAUUCAAGUUUCAUAUAAUCAAAGAAGGUGUAUAUCCACCAAAGCAUAAACUUAAAUAUACUCAGCGUCCUGUAAAGUAUCCUAUACCCCAUAAUUAUGCUGUUCGAACUAUAUAUUCAAAAAAAAAAUAUAUUGUUAAGUGCACGAUAGAUUAUAUUGGUGAUAAACCAUUAUAUCAAGUAUACUUUGGAAAGUAUUUAGAUAAGUUUGUAGAGUCAGAAAAGUCAACUUCACAUGCUGCACAAUUAUAUUGUGAGGCUUUGGUUAAAGAUAUUCAAACCAAUGAACGAACAGAAUCCAAAAGCAGGCUCUCCGGGCCUCUUCUUUUUGGCUUAUACUGUAAAAGUGUAGAAUCAGUUCGUAAAAUAUUGUCAUCAAAUGAGAUAGUACGAAUGAAACCAUUUAAUGAUUAUAGUAUCUCAGCACAGCGCAAACAUGUAUUAGGUUUAGGAAAACGGUUACUAGAAAUUGCGGAAGAAGAAAAAGAGAAUUUUUUUCAUCCAAAUGAUAACAUUAUCCUUAAACAAGCAAAGGCUGGAGCAGUUUAUGAUAUGAGACAAGAAAUAACAAAUAGAGUAAAUGAAAAAAUUCCUAUUAGUUUAGUUGAUAUUGAUCAGCCAACCAGUUUUGAACCAAUUACUAAAGAGUCUGAUAUUACAGAUCCAAUCAUAAUUUCUAACAUCAUUGCAUCUAUCGGUAAAGGCGGACAACGACGAAUUACAGAUAUACUUAAUUAUAUAGUUCCAUUAUAUGUUCAAAAAGGG